AUGCAAAAAAAUACGGAUGAUUCUCACGAAGGACGUAAAAGAAAAAGACAGAUAAAUGACUCAUCUGAUGAUGAAAAAAUAGAAGAAGAAAGAAAUCGAAGAAAUAGAGAAAAAUGUAAGCGAUACAGAGAAAAGAAAAAGAAUCAGGUCGCUGUUCCCCCCAUCAGAGGCUUUUCUGAUCCCGAUGAGAAAAAAAGAGAAGAAGAAAGAAAACAAAAAAAUAGAGAAAAGACUAAGCGAUACAGAGAAAAGAAAAAGAAUGAGGUCGCUACCCUGCCCAUGAGUUGCUCCUCUGAUCCCGAUAAGAAAAAAAGAGAAGAAGAAAGAAAACAAAAAAAUAGAGAAAAGACUAAGCGAUACAGAGAAAAGAAAAAGAAAGAAUUCGCUGCCCUGCCCAGCAGUGGCUCUUCUGAUCCCAAUGAGAAAAAAAGAGAAGAAGAAAGAAAACAAAAAAAUAGAGAAAAGACUAAGCGAUACAGAGAAAAGAAAAAGAAUGAGGUCGCUACCCUGCCCAUGAGUUGCUCCUCUGAUCCCGAUAAGAAAAAAAGAGAAGAAGAAAGAAAACAAAAAAAUAGAGAAAAGACUAAGCGAUACAGAGAAAAGAAAAAGAAAGAAUUCGCUGCCCUGCCCAGCAGUGGCUCUUCUGAUCCCAAUGAGAAAAAAAGAGAAGAAGAAAGAAAACAAAAAAAUAGAGAAAAGACUAAGCGAUACAGAGAAAAGAAAAAUAAUGAGAUUGCUGCUCUGUUUAUUGCCACUGCUGAUUCUUCUAGUGAUUCUUGUAGUACAAAAAUGGAACAGAUAAGACAAAAAAAAAUAAACUCAGAAAAAUGUAAGCGGUAUAGAGAUAAAAACAGAAGAUCAAAACAAACACAAAAUAUUUAUAAUCGUCAGAACGUACCACAACAGAUACAUAGUUCUCAAAUCGCAAGCCCAUCUACAAUAGAUGCACUAAAUGUACCACCAGCCAUCCAUACUUCACAAAUUGCAGACCCAUCCACCAGAUAUGUGCCAUAUGUACCACCAGUUCUCCAUAGUUCCACAAUCGCAGGUCCAUCAUCAAGAGAUGUAUCUUAUAUUCCACCGAGUCAUUCUAAUAACGAUUCUCCUAAUCACAAAAUUUGUUUAUUUAUUCUGCAAAUGCUUCUGCAUUACUUCAAGAUAAAAUUGGGAAGAGAUUUGAUGAUUUGUUAA